ACCCGAAUCGGCGCUGACGUGACGUGCGUUAUGUUGUUACGCUCGUGUUUCUGCUGUGAAAUCACUAUUGUUAUUUGUUUAUAAUCAGCAACAAAUAACUUGGAAUGAAUUGCAACGUCUGACGGAUUAAUUACUCACAGCGGAGUGUACUGUACGUGUUUGUGUGAGUUCACAAGUGGAUAAUGAAGUAAAACGGGUCGGCCGUGUUUAUGUGCUGAAUGGUGAUUAAAAGUAAUUUGCUUUUACGGUGUUGAGGGCCGGCUUGUGCGUAUCGAUCGCAUAUCGAAAGACAAAGCAUUGGAUUGUUGUGGUGGUACAGAGGAGCCGGUGUAACGAGAGGUGUCGAGAUUCUCGCGACUGAGGAGCAGUUACGUGGAUCGAAAUCGGGAUGCCAGUGUGUUUAGUGAUGGUGCAUUGAGAUCGUGCCAGUAACCACUAAAUAGUGUUAGUGUUAACUACAGUGCAAUAUAGUGCUGAAUGGAUUGUGUUUGUUUUGGAUUGCCACCGCGAGUCAUCGAUAGACUUAACUGGGAACGGGCUACAAUGGUGUGUGCGUGUGCGGGGCAGCGGGGGGCGGGCGCGGCGAGCCGGCGCGCAUGGCGGCGCCAAUGAGGGAGGGCGCGCCGGCCGGCGGAGCUCGCCCCGCGCCCCACGCGCACCCCGCCAACUUCGAGUACGAUGACAACGAAUGGGACAUCGGCAUCGGCGACCUCAUCAUAGACCUCGAUGCCGACAUAGAGAAGACCGACGAGGCGGGCGGCAUGGCGGCGCGCGCCGAACCGGACGCGCAGCGCACCGCGCUCAAGAUGAAGAUCAAGCGCACGAAGCCCGGCACCAAGAGCUCCGAGGCGAAGCACGAGAUCGUCAAGUCGAACGAGAUGAACGGCGAGCCGAAGCCGCCGCCGCCAGCGCCCGCCGCGCCGCCCGCCGCUGCCAAGCGCGGCUCUGGUGGCCAUCGGCGAGACAAGGCACGAGACAAGCAUCACCACCCACACCCUCCCCAUGACGUGAACGGAGUCGCGCGGGUUCCUCCGCCGCCGAAUGCGCCGGGCCCGCCUGCCGCGCAGCCGCCCGCGCCGCUCUCCAGCGCGCUGGCCGCGCCCGCGACGCAAACCAAAAAUGAUUCGCGGCCGUCGCCCGCGCCGCGACUCGAAUCUAAGCCCUCGGCACCCGCGCAGGCGACGCCCGCGACGCCUGUACCCGCGACUCCGCCUACUCCCGCGGCCGCGCCGCUCGUGCCCCACGCACCACCGCCACCCGCGAAACCCGAACCCGAUGAUUCGCGGCAACAGGAACAGCUUAGUUCGCAGCCCCCAGCCAAGAAACUAAAAACGGAACCUAAGGAGACGGCAGAAGUAUGCGUGGGCACUUCAGUUGGAACAAUCACCGAGCCUGACUGUUUGGGGCCCUGCGAGCCUGGUACAUCGGUCACGCUGGAGGGCAUCGUGUGGCACGAGACGGAAGGUGGUGUAUUGGUAGUGAACGUGACGUGGCGAGGGAAGACUUAUGUGGGCACUUUACUGGAUUGCACGCGGCACGACUGGGCACCACCGCGAUUUUGUGACUCACCAACCGAAGAGUUGGAUGCGCGGACGCCUAAAGGACGAGCGAAACGUGGCCGCGGUUCUGCACCCACAGACAUGACAAACUUCACAGAGACUCGCUCCUCCGUCCACAGUAAGCUCCGCAACGGCGGGGCCAAAGGGCGGAGGGCGCUCCCAUCUCCCACGCCUUUCACACCGCCACGACCAGACUCCAAAAGGAAGCGUACGUCCGAAGCGGAGGAACGUCCGCCCACACCGAAAGCAAAGCGACCACCUCCUACGCCGUCGUCGCCUCCUCCUGAUCCCGUCCUGCUCGAAUGUCCCGAGCCAAAUUGCUCAAAGAAAUAUAAACACGCGAAUGGGCUCAAAUAUCACCGGUCUCACGCACACGGCGCUCCAGAUGACGACGAUAAGGACGGCUCGAGCUCGGAGCAAGAAGAACCUACAGUAGAACCUGCAUCGCCAGCGCGACCGCCUUCGGAACCCGCCACGCCUGCGACUCCCGUGAAAUCGCCAACACCGGCUAAGUCACCGGAAUCGAAGUGCGAUAAAACUCCAGAAAAGUCGCCGGAGAAACCGGAGGUGAAUGCAGAGUCGCCGCAACAGACCAGGUUUACAGAAGAGUUUGCGAGCACGCCAGAGCCUCCGCCAGCGGUCGAGCGGCCGCCGACACCGUCCGUGCCGUCCACGCCGCCACCGGAAGCCUUGCCUACGUUGCAACCGACUCAAUUUAAGGUGAAGCCAAGGUCGGCCUUAAUGCCGGCUGAGGAGCGCAAGUCUACGGAAUCUCCGCCGGACGCAUCCCCAGGCAAGCGACGUGCGAGGCGUUCUCCGACGCCUGGGGUUCGUUCGCCGGCUUACUCGGACAUCUCGGAUGACGCCGCGCCGACGGACGGCGCCGCAGAUCCGGAUCCGGCACACCGGCCUUUCCCCGUCUAUCAUCAGUACUAUGGACAGCCACCGUAUCUACCUCCGACACAUCCCCCGACGACUGCGCCACCCCCGGUCGACAAAGGAAAGGAGGAUCUGAGCAAAGGAGAUCCGAAAGCUGAGCACAAGGACGGCAAACCUGAGACUGGUCCGCAGAAGGUUCUACCACAGCAUUUCUUUCCAUACAAUUAUGUCCCGAAUUUUCCAUACAACGUGGAACCUAGUGGCGCGCCGCCUGGGGCACAAUUAGAUGAUAAGAACAAAGAGCCAGAUCGCUCCAAAACCACACCUAGCCCAUUAGAUAAGAGCAAGCAGCCCCGCGGACCGGACGGUAAAGAGAAUCCGGCGAGGCCUAAUGACAACCAUCAGAUAUUGAAGGAGAGCAUAGAGAUGAAGGCGCAGAUGGGACCUUAUGCCUUUCAGCGGCCGCCGCAUGCACGGGAAGAGGAAUUAAGAAGGUAUUACAUGAGCUUAGAGCAAAGAAGAAAAGAAGGGGGCAGUGAGUCCAAGCCGCCAGGGCCGAAUUCGGGGCAGGGAAACGGACCUCCGCCGUCCGCGGGCGGCCCGGGGGGCCCGCCACAGGUCGCCUCGCGGCCUCCACAACACGCACAUAAACCACCGUCUAAAGAUAAAGACGACAAGCCCAAAGAAGAAAUUAAGGUGAAGCAAGAAGGGCAGAAGCCUACGACGGAGACUCAAGGGCCGCCGCCGCCGCCUACCUCACAGUACUACCUCCCCCCGUAUAUGCAGGCACCACAUUAUGGCGCAUUGCCGUUCGACCCAGUGUACCGCGCUCCAUUGAGCCCUAUGCUGGUGGGGAGCUUCGGCGGCGGGUGGACCGUUCCCCGCUACCACGCGCCCGAGGACCUGUCUCGACCCGGAGCGCCAGCGAAGCUCGAACUUCUGCCGCCCGCGCACGCAGCCCACCACGCGCAGUACUACGCGCCAGCGUCUCACGCGCCGCCCCACAAGAUCCACGAGCUGCAGGAGCACGCUAAGUCGCCGCAGGGCAAGCCGCCGCGCCCCGAGCCGCCAAAGGAGCCACCGCGGUCUCCGCCCCCGCAGCGACACGUGCACACGCACCACCAUACCCACGUCGGGCUCGGGUACCCGCUCUAUCCGCCGCCUUAUCCUGCGGCAGCAGUACUGGCCAGUACACAGGCGGUAGUGAAUUCAUUCCCGACGCCGCCCAAAUGAAUCGAACGGAAUGACAACUAAUGGACCUGACCCUCAUUUAUUCGCGUCGUAGUUGACGCGGGACAAGCUGAAGCCGGCGUCUCGAAGUGUCGCUUUAUCAAAUAUUGACAUGAUCCGACCUGAACGUUAUGGAAUUGAAUGUGACAGUGAUGUGACUCUAAAGACAGUGAUGGACUGAAAAAUAAACAAUCUAAAUGUAAUUCUUCAAUUGGACUCAAUCUCUAUGCCAGUAGCCAUAAUUUAAACACUGUGAUCUCGCGUAACCCACGAAUGUGUAUGUGAUGUGCGCUUUGAAUGUUAUAGCAUGUGUCUGAACUAAUAGUUACCUGAAUUGUUUUAUAGUGAACCAAGUGUUGUGUUGAGACUCCGCCAUGGGUGUUGUGGACAUUGUGUGUACCCAAACAGUAGGGGGCAUGCGGGACUUGCCUCGCCCUCUACCUCUAUACCUAAUUUGUUUUAUAUGUUUACUAGUGAAAGCACAAACUAGUUAUGUAAAUAUUAGUAUUAUGUGUAAAUUAAUUUACAUCCAUAGUGUUCCAUAAGUAUGUAAUAUAAACAUCGAAUUCUCCAUCUGGGCAUUGUACUGAUGUUUGAAGCCCCUAAUUUGAUAUCACGCGAAUUCAGUCUAGUAAGAUCUUUAUUUAUGAAUACUGCAUUCCACAAAAAAAUCGAGCGUACCUAGAUUUAAAGUUAAGGAUAAAUGAGUAAUGUUUAAGUGAUUAUAGUGUAAGUAAGGCGUCAAUGUGAUCAUACAAUAUGAAUCGUAGCGUGCACAAAACGUACUGUCUCGACUAUAGUGACGAAUGACUUAUUGUAUAACGUAGAGAGCAUCCUAUAGAGUCGUGGUGUGUUUGGACAUCGCUGUAUGUGUAUGUAUGGCUUUUAAUGAUAACUUUUAAAAUCUCAUAGUCCGAUAUUCUCAUACAAGGGAUUAGUGUUUCAGUAUCUCUUUACUGUGUAGUAGUUAGUAAUGGUGUCAUUCACGACAUUAUGCUUGGUGCAAACACAAUGAGCGCUUUUAUAAUUUACCGUACGAUGUUACCGUGGAUGUCUAUGAUUCCAUCAACAUUGGUGUUUGGCAUGACAUUUAAUGUUGAUGGAAAAUCAAGUGUUCAUACAAUAGAGUACAAUUUGCUUCCGUACUAUAUAAGGUACCACCAAAAUACCUGCAUUUCCUGCUACAGAGUAUAGUGUUAGUUAUAUAUACUACAAUAAUAAAGGAAUUUCAUGUCUUGGUAGUAUUAAAAAAAUAUUUCAUAGCCAAUUUUCUUCACUGUAUUCAAAUAGACACUAAGGCAGUUUCAUUGACCCUUAUAGCACCAAACAACACAAUUACACAAUAUUUGUAUUUAUUGAUGUUUUUAUUUGUAUAAAAACAAUUGUGACGUUGUGGACACGAAAUUCGACCAUUAUCGUAAUGUAUACAUCUAAUAAUUGUAAUACUACAUCCUGUAUAAGGGCUGUAUUCACUAAUAUGGGAGCAUCCUAUAUAGAUACGGAAAAAUCGUGGUGUAGCAAAUGUUACGUUAAACUAUAAAAGAUCAUCGUGCAUGUAACGGGCGUCAGCGCUGCAAAUUAGUUCAGUUUGUUAAUUACUUUUGUGUCAAAUUGUAUUUAAUAUUUGUUGUUGGAGCCAUUCAAACUGAAGUUCCAUAAUAAUUAAUGUACUACCCAAAUGCUAAUUUUAUUUACAAUCUUUCACGUGACUUCGGCUGUAUGGUUCCAUUACCGUUAGCAUGUUAAGAGGUCUGCAAAUAAUAAUAGUAUUCUCAGGAUCUUCUGUUUAAAUUUGUGAUUUUAUCGUUACUACUACAACAUAAUGAUAUUUUUCAAUAUAAUUAAGAAGAAAU